CUCCAUCCCUGCAAGAUGUCUUGCUACGACCUGUGCCCCACCACCAGCUGCGGCAUCGCCCGUCCCCAGCCCGUCGCUGACAGCUGCAACGAGCCGUGUGUCCGGCAGUGCCCUGACUCCACGACCGUGAUCCAGCCGCCCCCCGUGGUCGUCACCCUCCCCGGCCCCAUCCUCAGCUCCUUCCCCCAGGAUUCAGCUGUGGGCUCCUCCGGAGCUCCAGUCCUUGCAGGCUCCCUGGGCUAUGGGGGCUCCUCCCUGGGCUAUGGGGGCUUGUAUGGCUAUGGGGGCUCCUCCCUGGGCUAUGGGGGUCUGUACGGCUAUGGGGGUCUGUACGGCUAUGGGGGUCUGUACGGCUAUGGGGGCUCCCUGGGCUAUGGGGGCCUCUAUGGCUGUGGGAGCUCCCUGGGUUACAGGGGUCUGUACGGCUAUGGAAGAUCCUACGGGGCUGGAUACUGCAGCCCUUACUCCUACCGGUACAGCAGGUACCUCCGGGGAAGCUGCGGGCCGUGCUAAACACAACAGGAAAAUCCACUGAAUAACAUACGGGUGAAAAAAACUGCAGAUUUGCCCUUGAGCAGAUGAGCGACAGCUUUGUGUAAGCACUCACGAAUCCUGCUCAGGGCAGCACCUCUCUCCAUGCUCCAUGUCUCUCCUUUUUUCCUUUGAGUUCGGCUCUGAUACCUUCCCAGGUUCAACUCCUUGCCUUCUUCUACUUUAUCAUGUUUGUUACUGAAUGCAGUAAAACAUGUAACUUAGUACCUUUGAAAAUGUAGUUGACUCUGACAUCUUGAAUAUACCUUCUUGAUACUGCAAAAUAUUUUUGUUCCUUUUCAUUGUCAUUAAACUUUUGUUGCAUCACUAA